UCUCAGCUCAUCAAAGAGAAGAAACAUGUACAACCUGAAACGUAGAAGGGAGUCGGUUGCGUCAGUUUAUAGAAGAACCACAAAAUUCCUUGCGACCAACACAGUGAGUUUGUUGAAAAAGAUGCCGAACACACGAAAGUACCAUCUUUUAGCUAGAAUAGCUGAAGGCAAUCUGGGGAAUGAUCAACCUGGAGUCAAUGGUGAUGAAGUUGGCGACGAUGAUAACCACAGUGAUUUGGGUGAACGAGAUUUAGACUAUUAUUUAGGAGUAAAAGAGAAAGAAACAUGCUGGAGGGAUCUAGCUGGCAGGGAACAGAUCAGAAAAGACUACCUUCUAUACCAUUGUGGAGUAACGGAAGAGGAUUAUGAAAAAUUGUACAAGAAAGCCGAAAAACCGAAACCGUGUACAGCACAUCCAAAGUUGAAACAAGUGCCUUUCAAAAUUCAUAAGAAGCAUAAGAAAACAAAUAGUAUGAAGGAAGAAGUGGCUGAAUCUUGGGUUGAGAAGAGGGGUAUAUUUAAACUGUUCGGUAAUAGACGCGACAGUGAAACAACCUCUGACAGUUACAGUGAAUGCGAUUCUGAGGAAGCUAAACUAUCUGAUGCAUCUAACGUUGAAUGUGAUGAAGAUAUUUGGAAUUUGAACGAUGGAUUGAAUGGAUGUUACAUCGAUGCGUUAAACAAACUAAUGGGCGUCAGGAUAAAGGAAGUCUCAGAGGGGCGUCCAUGCGACAACUGUCCGGAACUUUGUCCUGGCUUUAUUUCUCACCCUUGGAGGAAGACCUGCAAGUCAUGUGGAUGCGAUCGCCUGCAGCACUCGGUGUACCAUGAAGAGCUGGGCUCGGUACGGGACCGCCUGGGGCUGCGGGAGACCAGGGGCCACAUCGCCUACGACAACAGCCCACCUGGACUAACAGCCAAGCAGACUGAACUAUAUUGGUCCGCUUUGGCCGAACGAGCGCCCAACUCCGUUGGCGGCGCCACCGGACCUGCCGCCUGGCGCGCGUGGCGUACCAGAGCUUUAGCUUACCAGCUGCCGAGGCAGGACCUGUCGCUGACGCAAUGCAAGAACAUAGAUGAGCCCCAUCGGAAACAGUUUGAGGACUUCGUCGCCGCCCGUAAUGAAAUAGCGUUAGAUAUCGGAAAUGCCUGCCAACACCAUGGUCCUUCCGUUGAGUGUAUGGGUUGCAAUAAGGGAAUUCGUAAUGGAAACAUCGCUAUUCAAGCUCCAAGAAUUAGCGAAGAGGCAUUCUUUCACCCAGCGUGCUUUACAUGCUCCGAAUGCGACGAGCUUCUCGUCGAACUUUCCUAUUGUGCCUUGGAUGGACGCCUAUAUUGUGUUCGACAUUAUGGGGAAAGGUUGAAGCCGAGAUGCCAUUCCUGUGAUGAGCUAAUUUUCAGCGGCGAAUACACCAAGGCGAUGAACAAGGACUGGCACAGUGGUCACUUCUGCUGCUGGCAGUGUGAUGAGUCUCUCACAGGCCAGCGCUAUGUCUUGAGGGAUGAGCAUCCUUACUGCAUCAAGUGUUACGAGAGCGCCUACGCUAAUGGCUGCGAGGAAUGCGAUAAGAUCAUCGGAAUUGACUCUAAGGAUCUGUCAUACAAGGACAAACACUGGCACGAGGCCUGCUUCCUGUGCGCCAAGUGCCGCGUGUCGCUGGUGGACAAGCAGUUCGGCUCCAAGGUCGACAAGAUCUACUGCGGCAACUGCUAUGACGCCCAGUUCGCGAGCCGCUGCGAUGGCUGCGGCGAGGUCUUCCGCGCUGGUACCAAGAAGAUGGAAUACAAAACGCGACAGUGGCACGAGAAGUGCUUCUGCUGCGUAGUGUGCAAGAACCCGAUCGGCACCAAGAGUUUUAUCCCGCGCGAGCAAGAGAUCUAUUGCGCCGGCUGCUAUGAGGACAAGUUUGCCACCCGCUGCAUCAAAUGCAACAAGAUUAUAACGCAAGGCGGCGUCACCUACAAGAACGAGCCAUGGCACCGCGAGUGCUUCACUUGCACACACUGCAACACGUCGCUCGCUGGGCAACGCUUCACGUCGCGCGACGAGAAGCCCUACUGCGCCGAGUGCUACGGAGAGCUGUUCGCGAAGCGCUGCACGUCUUGCUCCAAGCCAAUCACUGGCAUCGGCGGCACCAGCUUCAUCUCUUUCGAGGACCGACACUGGCACACCGACUGCUUUGUCUGCGCGCACUGCAAGAACUCUCUCGUGCGGAAGGGCUUCAUCGGCGUGGCGCAGGACAUCGUGUGCCCCGACUGCGCCAAGGAGCAGCUCAUGUAAAUCCUUUGUCACGUCUUUUUCAAGUACCAAAUCCCUUUUGGCACAUUAGACAGUUAUGUCCCAACUUUCAACAUUAUAAACAAUUACGACCUUUGAAUCAUCCGUAAUAUUAUUUAAUUGAUUGUAAACAUUCUAUACGUCGAAUAAGAACUGUAAACGCGAAAUGAUUAAACAAACUCAGUCUUAUCAACUUAGAAUCAUUAUUGAAUUUGAGCAUUUUUCAAUAAGCUUGCAUUUUAAACGUUUUUCGGAAAGAAACAUGCUAGAUUCUAUCCGAAUCACUUCUAGCUUAAUUAAGAUUUCCUUACGUAAAAAAAUUACGUUUAGUUUCGAUAAGUCAUCUCUCUAUAUCCACUCGCUAUCAUAAAGAGAGGUGCGUGAAUAUAAUAGUCGUUGCAAAUUGCCACAAGGGACUUGAAAUGUGAAAAAGAUAAUAACUCGCUCCCGCUCUAACGCACACCAUUCUCUCGCCACGUCUCUGUCGCACUAAUCAUCGUAUUACUUCGCAGACAGCAUGAUGUCACCCAAAAUCUCUAACACGCAUAUCGGUUUUCGAUCGGCUAAAAUACCGUUUGAUUUCUUUUUCUCCGCAGUAAUUCAGUAUGUAGUUAAAAUAUUGUAUCGCAUUUCAAAUUCUGCAAAAGAAAGCCCGAAUUGCGGGAUUAUUUCUUAAUGAUAAUAUUAGAUUGGGUAUACCUACCAUUAUACGGUAUUGGGUAUACCGCGUACGGAAUACCAUAUCCACAGAUCAUACACCUUGCUUCUAGAUUUUUUUUCUCUUUAGUUAAUUCCACUAAGAUUUAUUAUCUGUAUGAUCGAAAUUUUUACGUGUGCAAGGGAUGCGUAAUGUAAUUAUAUACCUGCGAUUAAUGUGUAAGUAGCCAAAUCGAUUUUUAAAAGUUCACCUUGUGGAUAACUUUGCGACCGCUUGAAGCUUCAGGGUGUGUUAAAAAAUGCAGUGACUAAAAUGUGUUUUGUCUCUUUGCACUUGUGUAGCGACAAGACAAUACUCCCGAUUAUCGCAAACGCGAGAGAUUGGUGCGUGUUCAAAACAAAGGAUAUGCCAAGCGACCAACUUUUCGACCUUGCCGACAAAUUCACUAAGGUCAAACCGUAGUCUGUUACUUCGAGUUGUUGACGAUAUUUUUAUACAAAAUCGAGAAAAAAAUCACAAAAAAAUAUAAGUAUAUAUAAAAUGAAAUGUGAAUGCACAAAUAUUUAAUUUCGCUUCUUUUUCUACUCGAUUAAAUUAUUUAAGGUGUUUAUAUAUUUUGUUUUUAUAUUAUUAUUGUACCUAUAUUGUUACUAAUCGCAGCCUAUUGUAUUUGUAUAGAUAACAGUAUUUUAUGCGCUAAUUGCCAUAUAUUUUUCGCUUUGGCUGUUGUAUUAGUCCUUUGGGUAUGACUUGUAUUUGUCAAAUUACCUAGUGCAAUUCACACGAUGCCUUAAUAACAUAUCUAAGUCAAUUUCGAAUAUAUUUUUUGUGUUGUAAUGUGCCAAUCAUUAUAUUUGAAGACAUUCAACGCUAACUUCGACGUCUGGUGUUGCCAGACGUAUUAAAGUAUUUCAUUAUAUUAUUAUUAUGUAAGCGCUUGUCAUUGUUUAAAUUGCGUAACAUUAAGGAUAAUGCCCGUUUUCACUAAAGACGUACAAGGCAAUGCUUAAACAAGUAACGCCUAAUCUAAGAGAUUAAUAGUCCAUACAUCAAAAGUUCACCAAUAGUUAUCACCUAAGAGUUGGUGAAACGUUUUAUGUAAAUAGACAUCGUAUAAAUCAUAUAGGUAUUCGAUUUAGGUGUUGCCUAGAUUUAGUAAAAAUGGGCAUUAGUAUAAUUUUAUCGACAAAGUAAUUAAAUGUUUAUAAUAUUUAAGUAUUUAUUUACGUAGUAUGCACUUAUGAGAGGGAAUGCCGAUAAAUAUAAUCAAUUUUUUCUUACCUGUCUUAAGUUAACAUUUUUUUUAAACAUACUUCACACUAGUAUUGAUAAAAGAUUGUUAUAACUUUAUAAGACCGGUUAAUGAAGUUAGGAUAUAGAAAAUAUGCAGGUCCUAUAUUGUCAUACGCUGUCGGCCGGAAGCUUCCUAACACUAAAUAUUUAAGUGACGCCAGUCAUGUAGUUUCUACUAAUAAAUGGAUAAAUAAUAAAAUAUUUUUGCCGUCAUAAGAGGGCCGUUCGUUAUAUUAAUGUAAUUGAAUGUUAUAUAUCUAUUUUUAAAUAAUAAUGACUUAUACUAUUUUUUUAGCGUUAGACUUGUAUUAUAAGAGUAACAUCUGUGUUUUAAGAUCGCAGUUUGCGGAAUGACCACGCAAUGUAAGGGGAACACUUUGUAGGGUAUUUAUUAAUGGUUUAAAUUAUUGAAAUGUUGAAAGAUUAAUUUAUAAUAAUAUACAUUUUAAAAUUGCUUAGCUGUGUGAUCUGAUCUAAUAAAACUUGUAUCUACCCAUAGUUAGAUUGUAUAAUGAACAACUGAAUUAAAUGAUCGAAAAUAACUUUA